CUGAUCCCAAUGAGUUCAGUGUCUGUGUGUUUUUGUGUGGGUUUGUGAAAAGAGCUGACAUAAAUACCCACCAGAAUAAAGCAUAAAGAAUUCAAAUUUCUCAAUUGGAGGGUUCACAGGAUCUAGCAUGUCUGAUACGGAUACCAAGCCUUCAAGUCACGAUUCGGGAGACAAGAAGGAUGGAGAAUAUAUCAAACUCAAAGUCAUUGGGCAGGACAACAGUGAAAUCCAUUUCAAAGUGAAGAUGACGACACAUUUAAAGAAAUUAAAAGAAUCCUAUUGUCAGAGACAGGGUGUUCCUAUGAAUUCUCUAAGGUUUCUCUUUGAAGGACAGAGAAUUGCGGACAACCAAACUCCAAAAGAGCUGGGGAUGGAAGAUGAGGACGUCAUUGAAGUUUAUCAGGAACAAACGGGAGGACACUUGGACAAUUAGACUUUCAAUAUAUAUAUAUUUUUUUUGCUCUUUUUUUUUUUCUGGUUAUUAGUAAUAGGCUGUAAUACCAUGAAAUUUAGAUGGUACUCGUCAGGGCUCCCAUUAGCUUUAAAGGGAGGGGUAGUUACCCCCCCAGCCCCCCUCUACCCUUCCUCUCCAUGCUCCUCAACACGCAACUCUGAAAUUCUUGGAACAACCCAGUAGUAUAAACGGGGAGAAGGAGUGCAGCUUUACAGCACAACCUUUUUUUUUUCUUGCUUGUCUGCAAGCUUCAGAAUAAUAUAUAUAUAUAUAUAUAU